AUGGCCUAUAACAACAUCAGUGGUGUCAUACCACCAGAGUUUGGAAAUUUAACUCAACUACAAAGGCUUGAUCUUUCUUCUAAUCAUUUGGUAGGUGAAAUCCCGAAGGAGUUUGGGAAGAUAAAAAGUAUGUUGAAUUUGUCGUUGGGUAAUAACCAACUUUCAGGUAUUAUACCUCCAGAGCUCGGAUCUUGUAAACUCCUUGAAGUAGUCGAUCUAUCCACAAAUAGAUUGAAUGGGUCAAUACCAAGAAGUAUUAGUCAAUGGGAACAUAUCCACUACUUGAAUCUUAGUACUAAUAAGCUAAGUGAUAAAAUUCCGAAUGAGAUUGGAAAACUAAUUCAUCUUACGAAAAUCGAUUUAUCUCAGAAUUUGCUCACGAAAGAGAUACCAUUUGAAGUUCAAAGUUUGAAAAUUUUGCAAAAACUAGAUCUUUCUCACAAUAAACUAACUGGUUCAAUUUCUAAUGCUUUUACAAGUUUGCCUCAUGGGAUUGAUAUCAACCUCUCUUACAAUGGGCUAACUGGUGUAGUUCCCCCAAGCCCCAACUUUGUAAAUGCAUCCAUACAAGGCAAUCUAGGUUUGUGUGGAAAUGUUAUAGGAGUGAAACUUUGUUCAUUCCAAAUUAUGAACAAGAAAAAAGGUCCCUUUCACCAUAGGAUCAUCCUUGUAGUUAUGCUCCCCCUUAGUGGGGUGGUUUUACUUGGUUUAUUCACAUGUGGCCUAAUUGCUUAUAACCAACAAAAGAAAAAGUCUCCACACAAACCAUUGGAAGAGAAAAGUUGUGAUUAUUUCUCCAUUACAAGUUUUGAUGGAAAAGUAGUGUAUGACGAUAUCUUGAAGGUAACAAAUGAUUUCAACGAAGCAUACUGUAUUGGGACCGGAGGAUAUGGUAUUGUUUACAAAGCCGAGCUACAGCCUAACAAUGUGGUAGCUAUCAAGAAACUUUAUUCAUCAUCUGAGAAUAAUGAUCAUACUGGUUUCCUUAAUGAGGUACGAGCAUUAACCAACAUAAGACAUCGAAACAUAGUGAAACUCUAUGGAUAUUGCUCCCAUGUUCGCCACUCAUUUUUGAUUUAUCAAUACCUUGAAAAGGGAAGCCUUGGAUCAAUCUUAAGAAGCCAUGUCUUAGCAAAAGAUCUGGAUUGGUUGAAUAGAGUCAAUAUUGUAAAGGGUGUAGCUAAUGGUUUGGCUUAUAUGCAUCAUGACUGCUUGCCUCCUAUGAUUCACAGAGACAUUUCCAUAGAAAACAUCCUUCUCGAUUCUGAUUAUGAGAUACAUAUUUUUGAUUUUGGCACAUCCAAGCUUUUAAAGCUAGACUCAUCCAACUGGACUGCAAUUGCAGCCACGUACGGUUAUAUUGCACCAGAGCUUGCUUAUACAAUGGUGGCAAACGAGAAAUGUGAUGUGUAUAGCUUUGGCAUUGUUGCACUAGAAGUGAUCAUGGGAAAGCAACCCGGUGAACUACCAACAUUGUCUGUUGAUUAUUUGGUGUUAGCAAAUGUGGGAGAUAGUCGGAUUCCAUUUCCCUCACCACAAGUGGAGAAACAAGUUAAGUUAGUAUUGAGUCUUGCAAGAGCAUGUUUGAACUCCAAUCCACAUGGAAGGCCAACAAUGUACCAAAUUUCAAAUUUGUUGACGAAGGCAUGA